AUGAAAGAGGAGCUGAUUCAGCCGGUGACGCUUCAACAGAGUGAGCCAGGGUGUGCACACUGCACUGGGAGUGAUAUCAGGGCAGUGCAAGCUGGAGGGGGCGAUGCCCUGAAGCUGCCUGCAGCCAGACGGGUGGUCUCUGUACUCUCUCCAAAACCAGCUCGGGGCGUGAGCCCAGAGACAGGGCCCAAGGGCUCCGAGGAGAGAGAGGACAAACAAGAGCCAGGCUACACCAGCGGAGACGCCAGUGCAGGCCGCUCAUACGCACGGAUAACACACUGCGGCGACAGAAGCAGGUGCCUGCCUUCUUUCCGGGCCCCUGGCAGACUCGGCAUCACCGAGCUGAGCAGCAAGGGCCCCUCCACCGUGUUGAGCCCUGCCCCAAGGCCACAUUGCGAGGCUUGUACCAAGACCACAGAAGUGGCGCUGAGAACCGAGGUCACUUCCAAAACUGACUGA